ACUCGCAUCAACACCCGACUGCCACACUGUCCAUAGCUACACAAGCAUUAACGAUGACAAAACGGGAACGCGGAGGCGAAGAAGAUGCCGAUGCCAGUUUUACAGCAUUCGGCCUUGACCCGCGCUUACUCCAGGGCAUAGCCAAGCAGGAUUUCUCGCACCCGACGUUGGUCCAGGCGAAGGCUAUUCCGUUGGCAUUGGAGGGGAAGGAUAUCCUUGGUAUGUUGCUUGCGCUGGUGGAUGAAUUGAUGGGGAUGAAUGCUGAUUGGGGGCGAGGGGUGUAGCCAGGGCGAAGACAGGAUCCGGGAAGACGGCGGCGUACUUGUUACCAGUUAUGCAGGCGAUCUUGAGGAGGAAGGAGGUUUGUUUUACCCCAUUCUACUCGGUUGGUGGGAGGGCGAGCUGAUUGAUUGGUCGCUAGACCUCCGAAGAAAAAUUCGCAAGCGCAUUGGUACUUGUCCCGACAAGAGAAUUGGCACAGCAGGUCCACAGGGUUAUCGAAUCUUUAGCAGCUUACUGUGGAAAGCACAUUCGUUCGAUCAACCUUGCGCAGAAUAUAUCCGAGAAAGUACAGCAGUUGGUCUCCCCCCCCCCUCCUCUCCCGUCCUCACGCUCUAUGGGCUAACAAUCUCUAGAUCCCUCCUCUCUGAAAAGCAAGACAUAAUUGUAUCGACUCCCUCCAGAGCCCUCGUCCACAUCAAUAUCUCCAAAUCCCUCACUUCACAACUCACCCACCUCGUAAUCGACGAAGCAGACCUGGUACUGUCGUACGGGUACGAAGAUGAUCUCCAAGGCGUCUCAAAAACGCUUCCAAAGGGUCUGCAAACCUUCCUCAUGAGUGCAACACUCACCACCGAAGUUGAAACCCUAAAGUCCCUCUUUUGCCGGAACCCCGCGGUCCUACGACUGGAAGAAGGUGUGGAUGCGGAAGGCGAGGGAGUCACGCAAUACUGUGUCAAGUAGGUCCCCUUCACUCCCUCCCCUCUUCGACUGGGCGGACGGGUGGGGAACUGACAAUGGAACAGAUGCAGCGAAGACGAGAAAUUCCUCUUGCUGUACGUAAUCUUCAAACUAAAACUCAUAAAAGGCAAAACCAUAAUCUUCGUCGGAGACAUAGACCGGGGCUACAGAGUCAAGCUCUUUUUGGAGCAAUUUGGAAUCCGCAGCUGCGUGCUGAACUCCGAACUGCCGGUGAAUUCCCGCCUGCACAUUGUGGAAGAAUUCAACAAAAACGUCUACGAGAUAAUCAUAGCUAGCGAUGAGAACGAAGUCCUGGGAGAUGAAGAAGGUGAUGACAGCAACAACGUUCCGGCACUUGAGCCUACAACCCCCGGGGAGCAGGCGGAACCGGAACCAACCCCUAAGCCUAAAAGGAAGAAAAGGGCUAGGAGCCGCAAAGACAAGGAAUAUGGCGUAUCCCGCGGCCUCGACUUCAAAAACCUUGCCUGCGUGCUGAACUUUGACCUCCCCACGACCUCAAAAUCAUACACCCACCGCAUUGGCCGUACCGCACGUGCCCACAAGAACGGAAUUUCCCUCUCCUUCGUAAUCCCUACCCACCUCUUUGGUAAGCACAAACCAACGACCCACCCCACCUGCGCAAACGACGAAAAAACCCUCCAACGAAUCCGCAAAUCCCAAGCCAAGCUCAGCAGGGAGAUAAAACCAUACGUCUUCGACAUGGCGCAAGUCGACGCCUUCCGGUACAGAAUGGACGACGCGUUGAGGGCCGUGACGAAGGUUGCCGUGAGGGAGGCACGGAUACGGGAAUUGCGGGUGGAACUGGUGAAGAGCGAGCGGCUGAAGAGGCACUUUGAGGAGAACCCGGGGGACUUGCUGGCGCUUAGGCACGAUGGGGAGAGCGGUCGGGUCAGGGUGCAGGCGCACUUGCGGCAUGUACCGGAGUAUUUGCUGCCGAAGGGGGGGAAGAGCGGGGUGCUUAAGCCAAGGGUGGGGACGGUGGGGCACGUGGGGUUUAGGAAGGUUAGGGAGAAUAGGAUUCGGAAGGCGAGGCAGAAGAAGACUGGGAGGGGGGCGGCGGGGACCGGGAGGGAUCCGGUUAAGAUGUAUAGGGGUGGGAAAAGGUAG